AUGUUGACUUUCCUAUUCUGCUUACUGUUCGCGGCAGUCUAUGGCUUUGUCGACUAUGGCGAUGUUCUUCCUGAAUUCUACGCCGCAGGUACUGGUCCUGUGCUCAAAGCUGACAGUCCAUACGGCGAGCAUCAACUUUCCCUGACUCCAGAUACACCAUACCUUACACUCGACUUCGCCACCGAAGUUGCCGGAUUACCAUUCUUCGAAGUUGCAGCUCUCUCAAGGCCCACGCAGAUAGAGGUGAAGUAUGCCGAGGAUUUGACCGCUCUGGACAAUCCCUACAGUGACGGACCAUGGACGUUCUCGAACGGCCUCUCCAACACUUUCAGGACGGAGACAUUCAAUCUGACGGAGCCGGGACGGAUCGAAUCAUACUUUGUCCAAGGAGGCCAGCGUUGGGAGACGGUGAGGCUUUUGACGAAUUCCACCGUCGCGUUCGAGAAGAUCGGGUUCAGAACCACAGCGCAACAUCUGGCUACAGAUGAUACUCUUGGCCGAUUCUCCUCGUCGAACGCAGUAUACGACCGCAUCUGGGAUCUCGGAGCCAGAGUUGUGCAGGUGGCUUGCAUUGAUGCAGGGAAUGCUCCGUCGACCUGGGACAUCACGCCAGAUGGAGCCUUCAUCAGAGGACAGCAGACGGCCCAGUCCGCUAAAGGUAUUGCACUAAGCAACUACACCCUGUCCUUAUCGACGAAGAUCGUCAAAGGUGGAACGGGCUGGCGAGUUGCGAGCAGCACGACCCCAACAGGAGCAGUGUUCUACCUGACAUCCAAUUAUACAGAAGACACGACCUUUAUCAACACCAACCGCACGCUCCUUCCACCAAACACUUUGGUGUUCAACUUCGGCUAUUCAAUUGUCAAUCAGUCAACUCUGGUGACAGGGUGGAAUCAAUACUUCCCUUUAAAUGCUUCCAUCCACGAAGACAAGUGGUACAACAUCAGCACGACAAUCACGAGCGAGGGAUAUCGAGUCAACAUCGACGGCGUACAAGAGAUAUUGGUGCCGAUUUUCGAAGCGGAAUACCUGUCUGCUGCGAGCACUUCCAGCUUCGCUUCCUCUUCACCUAAGACUGGGACGUGGGGAUUCGGACCUUGGAGUGGACAGGAAGCGUACGUCAAAGACGUUAGAGUGACACUUUCGAACGGCACCGUUGCUUACACCAACGCCAUGACCUCUUCAUCGACAUUGUCAGAGUACGGGGUUGCUCCACUGGACGCUUCCGUCUGCCUCGAUGGCGGGAAACGAGAUCGACUCGUCUGGAUUGGAGACUUCUAUCACACAACCAAGGUCAUCGCCUCCAGCACACAUCGUAUGGACUACGUACUGGGGAGUAUCGAGUACGCGCUUACACUCCAAAAGCAGGAGCCACCUUUCGAAGGCUUCGCUCCCAUCUCUGCCAGUCUUGGAUCGAGGCCAGCGUAUAUGGAUGCCUUUUUGAGCAACUAUGCCGUUUUACUAGACUAUCAGGACCUCUUUCUUGGUGCUAUUGGCGAUUAUUUCUGGCGAACGAAUGAUCUUGUUGGACUGGAAAAGUACUGGCCGAACGUCAAAAAGCUGGCAGAGGCGAGAAUUGGGUACAUUGAUCCGUACAGCGGAUUGGCUGCUGGAGAUGAUGUUUUCUACUUCUUGGGUCCCGUGAAUGGGAGUGCCGUCACGGCGCUUCUAUCAUAUGGCUUGCAAAGACUGAUCCCUCUAGCGGAAGCCUUGAAUGAUACUGCCGCAGCGCAGCACUAUCAGGAGACUGCAAGAGAUCUGAACGAGGCAGUGAACAGGGAGCUCUGGAGUUCUCAGCUGGGCACGUACGCUCUUUCCAUCUCAGCUUCAUCCAACUACUCCCUCACAAGCAUCGCCUGGACUCUGCUCUCUGGAGCAGCAAACUCAACCCAAGCGGCCUCCAUGAUCGCGAAGCUGCCAGAUCUCCGUCUCGGCGCUGGGUACAAGACCUCCUCCAGCGACCCCGACUUAUCCACAACACAACUCUCCCCCAACAUCCUCGGCAUGCUCCUCGAAGGCCUCUUCAUCGCCCAUCGGGAUCUCGGCGUUGAGAAUACGACAGUAGCGAAGACUCUGCUCGACGACUUCUGGAGCCAAAUGGUACUGCAAGACGAGUACCACUCCGGCGCCUCGUGGGAAUACCUCUAUCCCGAUGGUUCUCCCGGUAUCGAUCUCUUCACCUCCCUUGCCCAUCCCUGGGGCGCUGCUCCGACGUAUGUCCUUCCAGAAUAUGUCCUCGGCAUCACCGCGACGUCCCCAGGCUUCAAAACGUGGGAGUUCCGCCCGAAUUUGGGAGCUCUUGGGCUUACUGAAGCUUAUGGGACGGUACCGACGCCGUAUGGGGUUAUUAGUGCUAGGUGGGAGAUUGUUGAUGGAGGAAAAGGGGCUGUUAUUACUGCUUUGGGGCCGAAUGGGACGAAAGGGAGGUUGGUUCUUCCUGGGGAGUGGGAAGCGGAGCGUGAAGGGAGGAAGCAGAGGUGCAGAUAUGUGGAUUUGGAUGGGGAGGAAGAGCGUUUAGUGAGGCUUCAUGGACUGUCUUUAUAG